CAAGAGGCUGUGCAUAUAUCGUGUUGCAGCUAAACCUGUGAGAAGUGCUACAUGUUGAAAAAACCCUUCACUUUUCUUUUGCAGUUUGAUUUGCAAAAGCUAGAAUCCCAAAAAGAUGGCAGAAGCCAGUGUAGAUGGAGCCAAAAUGACAGAGUCUCCAGUUGAAAAUACAACUGUUAGAAGUGAAAAUAAGACACAGGGCAACUCCUUCUUCAGCUGGAUCUUGGUGCUGGGUCUGCUGGGGGCUUGGUUGUCUGUUGGUGUCGUGUGGUUUGACAUUGUUGACUACAACAGUGUGGCUGAUGUUCUCGGAGGAGUAUAUGAUGCUGAUGGUGAUGGAGACUUUGAUGUACAAGAUGCUAAGGUUUUGUUGGAGAAUGCUACCGUCGCCAAGGAAAAAACUAUAAGAAAAAAUGUCACAUUGGAAGGAGACAGUAUCCAAGCAGCCCAUUCCAAGCUGACCUAUGAGAGAGUUAAAGAAGUUGGGUUAAAAAGAGAAGGAGAACAUCCGACAAGGGAUAUUGGGCGAAAGUUGAAAACUGCCCUCAAGGAGCAGCUGCGAAUUAUUCAUGAGAAGAUUGAAGCCAAAAAGAUUGCCAAACUAGCCCUUGCUGAAGUCCGUAGUGUUUUGGCUCAAGAGGAAGAGGAGAGACAGGCUACUCUUGCGGCUAAAAAAGCCAAAGAGGAAGCAGAAGCUAAACUUAAGGAAGAACGAUUUCAACGAGAACAAGAGAAGAAGCUAGCAAAGGAGAAAGCAGAGAGGGAGCGAAUGGAACAAGAAAAAAUGGCCAAAGAAAGAGCUGAAAAGGCAGAAAAGGAAAGACUUGACGAAGAAAAAAACGAAAAGGAAAGAAUUGAGAAAGAAAAAGCAGAGAAAGAAAAGGCAGAAAAGGAAAGACUGGCCAAAGAAAAGGCGGAAAAAGAAAGAGUGGCGAAAGAGAAAGUGGAAAAGGAAAGAAUUGAGAAAGAAAAAGCAGAGAAAGAAAAGGCAGAAAAGGAAAGAUUGGCCAAAGAAAAGGCGGAAAAAGAAAGACUGGCGAAAGAAAAAGCGGAAAAGGAAAGAAUUGAAAAAGAAAAAGCAGAAAAGGAAAGACUAGCCAAAGAAAAAGUGGAAAAGGAAAGAAUUGAGAAGGAAAAGGCGGAAAAGGAAAGACUAGUCAAGGAAAAAGCAGAAAAAGAAAGACUAGCUAAAGAAAAAGCAGAGAAGGAAAGACUUGAGAAAGAAAAGGCAGAAAAGGAAAGACUGGCCAAAGAAAAGGCGGAAAAGGAAAGACUAGCUAAAGAAAAAGCAGAAAAAGAAAGACUGGCCAAAGAAAAGGCAGAGAAGGAAAGAAUUGAGAAAGAAAAUGCAGAAAAGGAAAGAGUAGCCAAAGAAAAAGCAGAAAAGGAAAGACUGGCCAAAGAAAAGGCAGAGAAGGAAAGAAUUGAGAAAGAAAAGGCGGAAAAGGAAAGAGUAGCUAAGGAAAAAGCAGAAAAAGAAAGACUAGCUAAAGAAAAAGCAGAGAAGGAAAGACUAGCCAAAGAAAAGGCGGAAAAGGAAAGACUAGCCAAAGAAAAAGCAGAGAAGGAAAGACUAGCCAAAGAAAAGUUGGAGAAGGACAGACUAGCCAAAGAAAAGGCGGAGAAGGAAAGGAUUGAGAAAGAAAAGGCAGAAAAGGAAAGACUAGCUAGGGAAAAAGCAGAAAAGGAAAGAAUUGAGAAAGAAAAGGCAGAAAAGGAAAGACUAGCCAAAGAAAAAGCGGAAAAGGAAAGACUAGCUAAAGAACAAGCGGAAAAAGAAAAAAUUGAGAAAGAAAAGGCAGAAAAGGAAAGACUAGCCAAAGAAAAAGCAGAAAAGGAAAGACUUGAGAAAGAAAAGGCAGAAAAGGAAAGACAAGCCAAAGAAAGAGCAGAGAAGGAACGACUUGCUAAAGAACAAGCGGAAAAAGAAAAAAUUGAGAAAGAAAAGGCAGAAAAGGAAAGACUAGCCAAAGAAAAAGCAGAGAAGGAAAGACUUGAGAGAGAAAAGGCAGAAAAGGAAAGACUAGCCAAAGAAAAAGAAAGACUGGCUAAAGAAAAAGCGGAAAAAGAAAAAAAUGAGAAAGUAAAGGCAGAAAAAGAGAGACUAGCUAAGAAAAAAGCAGAAAAAGAAAAACUAGAGAAAAAAAACACAGAAAAAGAGAGACUGUCUAAGGAAAAACCAGAAAAGGAAAGGGCAGAAAUGGAAAGACUGACUAAAGAAAAGAAACAAGUUGAGAAAGAAAAAGCAGAAAAGAGAAAACCACAGAAAGAGAAAGAAAGAGAAGAAAAGAGGGCAUCAAAGGGAAAAGCAGAGAAAGAUGUGAAGGAAAAAAAAUUGAAUGUACAAAAAGAUGAAUCAGAAAAUGAAAAGGAAUCAGCUGAUGAAAAAAGUGCCAAGGAGGAGAAAACAUCAACUCGAGGUUUACUUAAAUCUUCAAGCAAAAAAGUUAAGAAAUAACACUAACGUGGGAGAUUUGACUGGAAAUAAAAAGUAUUCAGAAGGAACAACAGCAUUGGGAAGUAAAUAGCUAAGGGUAUUUAUGCUACUUACAAUUUCAGUGCUGUGAUGGUUUAAGCUGUUCAAAACAGUAACAGGUUUCUUUUUUUGAACGAGUGCUGUUGUGUUUCAGACACCGUUAUAACAGCUUUGCCGUUGAGUGAAGAAAGGUAACAACAAAAUUUCCUGCGUUGGGAAUGUGACUGUGAAUCAGUCGUCUAAUGGGUUUUAUUCAAAUAUACAUAAAUUCUCUGAUUCAAAUAUAGUUUCAUCCUGAACUGAAAUGCAUUCAGAAAAGUAUAUAAAUUUGUGUUUGAUACUUUUACUUAGUUUAGUCAUGUUAUUCUGCAAUGCGGAAGUAAGCUCUUUGCUGCAUUUAUUUUGGGACUUCUGAUUCAUUCAUCUACAGUAAAUGGGGGAAAUGACUAAUAAUAAAUUGUAGUAAUCCUUCAAAGUACUUGAAAAUACCAGUUUGUUACAUUAAUCAGCAUGACAAGCUGUUUUUAUAGCUUAAUAUCAGUGUAAGUGAACGAUCAAGGAAUACUCAAGCCAAUAUGGCUGCACCUGCUCCAAUGCGAAAAAACUAAGUUAUAGAAUUAGGUGUUCAAUUUUUAUUAUCUUUUUUGGUGGUGGGGGUCCGGCCUAUUGUGGACGUUUGGACCAUCCUAGUGUAUUUUUAUUUCCCUUAUCUGCCUUUACUUCUUUCAGAAAGUAAUAUGUGUUUUUCAGUUUGUUAGAAAUGCUCAAAUUCAUCACACGCUGAGCAUUUACUUGCACAAUAUGAAAUCAUAAAUAGUUUGCUUAUGAAUUGAAAUCAACUUUAGAGAUUAACUUCUCUAUUUUGUAGUCUUGUAGUAUUUCUUAAAAAAUGUAAAUUGAAAAAAGGGAAAAAGAUAAAUGAAGUAACCAACAUUGCACUCAUUUAUCUGGAAUAUCUUUGUGCAGUACGAAACAUUUGGAGAAAAGACGUCAAAGACUUGUAGUACAAUAGAUAUGCUUUAUUUUUACCAUACACAAAUAAGUAUUAAUUUCAAUGGAUUUUUCACUUUUUAAAUGCUGCAAAACUAUAUAUUUUUUUGUUCAGUGAGACUGGUUGUGUUAUUGUUAUUAACAUCUUUUAUUGUAGGGGUGUAGUAAAAAGAGAAAAUGAGUCUGAAGAUGUUCAGUCAAGUCUUUUUUUCUCUCUUUUACAAUGAAUAAUGAUGUUGAAUUGAGCAUCAAGCAAUAUUUUAAAUUAAGUAAUUAAUGCAAUUGUUUCAGUUAAAGAGGGCCUACCAUUUCCCUUUUUACAAGGCGUAAAAUAAGUCUCUGAUGUCCCUAGAGUGUGCAUAUGUGAAGUUUCAGCUCAAAAUACCCCACAAAUAUUGUUUUAUAAACCUUUGUAAUGGCCCCUUUUAGGCUUUGAUCCUAAUUGUGCCAAUUUUGGUGACUGUAGCUUUAAAUUCAAAUGAGAUCGUAUUCUUUUGCAAAAGAAGGCAGGAAUACAAAUGCCUAUUUGUAUAUGCAUAGUUGCAUAUUCAAAAACAAGACUAACUUCUUAUGCUAAUGAGGGAGAGGUCAUUGCUAAUGGGUGGUGUUUUUCACCUUUUAUAACAAGUUCAAUCAAAGUGUUUCUGCAGACUUCUGCAGAAUUUUAAUGAAGUAUGAUUAUAAAAACUAAACUUAAUACAUUCUUACCAUUAGAAGCAACACAGCUGUGUUUACAACCCUUAUAAAAGUGAUUUUUGCAUUAUAGGUCUCGUUUAACACAAUGUCUCUUAAGUUCUACAGUGCUUUCUCAUUAGCAUAAGUGCAAUUCUUUGUUUUGCUCAACAAACUGGUGACCAUAUUGAAAGAAAGCAUUAAUGUAGUCAAGCUGCACAAUGUAGAGAUGCUAUAGGUGAAUAGAAAAAUGCAAAUUCACAAUAACUAACUAAAUAAAAGACAUUUACACAUGACCAUAGCCAACUUGGAUCUGAUUAGUAACCUUAAAUCUGUUAAUAGGAGUUUGAAAAUUGCAAUUAAAUCUAAGUCACCAUAUAUUUUGUGUUUUUGUUCCUGUAUUUUAUUAGAUGUGCCUUAAUUCAUGUUCACUUACUAUUUUCUCAUACAGUAAGAACUGUGGGAUAUUAAAGUCAUAGUUCAUCCAAAAAUAAAAAAAAUCCUCACUGUUUAAUCACACUCAACUUUUAUGAGUUUAUUUCUUUGGUUGAAACUAAAAAGCAAGACAUUUUGAAAAAAUAAAUAAAUAUUGCAAACCAC